AUCAUGGGCCUGUCCAAGCUCUUUCGCCGCCGUGACCCUGCGGAUGACUAUGUGCGAACGGCGGAUGAGCGGGCUCUUGUCCGCCGUCUGGACACCUUCCUACUGACUUUUGGCUGUCUUUCACAAGUGAUCAAAUACCUUGACCAGCAAAAUAUCAAUAAUGCCUACGUCUCGGGCAUGAAGGAGGACUUGAACCUACGCGGCAAUGAGUUGAAUUUAUUUACAACCUACUUUAAUGUCGCAUACUGUAUCAUGCUUAUACCUUCGCAAGUGAUUUUGACCUAUGUUCGACCAAGCUUUUGGCUGCCUGGCUUGGAGAUUGUGUGGGGUGUGUUGACUGGUCUGAUUGCCAUGGCCACACACGCGAAGCAAGUCUACGUUCUGCGCGUCUUUUUGGGACUCUGCGAAAGCAGCGCGUGGCCCGGAAUGAUGACCCUAUUGAUGUACUGGUACACGCCAACUGAGUUGGCAAAGCGUAUGGGAUUUUACCAUUCAUGCCAAGCUGUCGGCCAGAUGAUGUCUGGAGCACUGCAAGCUGCAAUCUCCGACACACUCAACGGCCACGGAGGGCUUGCUGGAUGGCGAUGGCUUUUCGUCAUCAACGCAAUCAUCACCGUUAUUUGGGGAUUUGCGGGAUUCUUUAUGAUUCCAGAUCUCCCCAACAACCCUAACCCGCGUGCAUUCUGGUUCCGCAAGGUCCACGCCGAGCUAUCGAUGGAGCGGCUUGCUCGCAACGGCCGUGCCGAGCCGAAGAAGAUGACAUGGGCAGGUGUGAAGCGUACCUUCUCAGGCUGGGUGGUGUACUUCAUCGCCAUCCUGUAUAUCGCGACCGUCUUGGGUACGUACGGCUACGUAUAUUUCUCACUCUUCCUCAAGUCUCUGAAGAGACCCGACGGAACUCCAAGAUGGACGGUGUCACAAGUGAAUGCGAUUCCAAUCGGCGGCUCCGCCAUCAACGUUGUUUUUGUGUGGAUCUGGGCGUUGUUGUCAGAUUUCCUGCAAACACGAUGGACUCUUAUCGUGGCUCAGGGAAUCAUCGGCAUCAUUCCUUGCAUUGUCAUGAGUAUAUGGACUUCUCAUCCGACCGCAGUUCCACUCUCCGGUGCCUAUGCGUCAUACUUCAUAUCGUUCAUCUGUCUCGGUACAGCGCCGCUCAUCUUCGCCUGGCUUUCGGAUCUCAUCCCUCAAGAUCCCGAGGCUCGGUCGCUAGUUGUGGGUGUUUCAGUGGCUGGCUAUUACGCGGUCUCUGCUUGGUCGCAGGUGCUGGUGUGGCCUGCUUCGCAAGCGCCAUAUUACAAGUACGGCUGGCAAUCUGCACUGGCGUUGUUGGUCCUCGUCAUUAUCAUGACGUGUGCUCUGCGCUUCAUCGAUGUCAGGUAUCUUCUACCCAAGCGUGAGGCAUUCCAGGAAACGUUAGAAGGAACAGCAGUGGGAAGAAAGGACAGUGUUUCGGGUCUGACGGAGAGCAAUGAGGCGCAAGGAUCGAGUUCGGAUCCUGAUCGGAAGUCUGCGCACAAGGCUACUGUUGACGAAGUCUAA